AUGGAUGCGAUUUCUGAUGAGUUCUUUGCACAUGUAUCACUAGUUCCUUACAAUCAGGGAAGUGUGACGAGACUCCAAAUCAAAUCCAAUGCUGAGAUAAAGGACCCAACUCCGCUGGACAGCCUGGUGACUUCUACCUUGCUCGAACAAAUGUACGUAAAAAUUGUCAAGUUCAAUUUAAUUAGAAAUCAGAGUUACAUCGGAGAAUUUGAGUAUGUCGAUGAUCAUAGGUACGGAGAGAUUGUUGUUGAACUAAAUGGACGGUUAAACAAGUCUUGUGUCAUUAGUCCUCGCUUCGAUGUUGGAGUCAAGGAGAUUGAAGGAUGGACUGCUAGAUUGCUCCCUUCCGGAUAG